AUGGACUUCUUCAAAUCAGUCUUCUCCGAACUUUCCCCGAACCCCAGCCCCGACCCCUCUCCCCCCUCCACCCCCACCCCCGCAAAUCACGAAACUAACCCUCCUCCUACUUCCUCAUGGGGGUUUGGAUCGACCCUUUUCAGAACCAUAGCCUCAAAAUCUGAGUCUUUACUUGAUAGCUACUACAAAGAUCUCCAAGAAUUCAGUUCCGGCUUGCAAAAGGAGACAUUGGUCAUACGCCAAGCCGCCGGCCGCGCAGUUCAAGACCUCCCCGCUCGGCUUGAGUCUGGUGCCGCCAUCGCUCAGGAGUCGCUUGAAGCCGUGGGGCAGGCCAUCGACAACGUGGGCUCCACCGUCUCCGAAAUAAUCGGUAAAGAUUUGAACUUUGCAGCGAAUGAUGGUUUCUCGAAUUCUCAUUUGGAUGGGAAUAGUGGUAAUCGUGAUAAAGAUUUGAACUUUAGUGGAAAUGCUAAGCCGUAUAGUAGGAUAGAGGCGUUGGUUCGGGGGUUACAGUGCAACAUUAGGACUUAUUGUGAUGAAGUGGAGGAGAGUGAUUACAAUGAGUGGAAAAUGGGGUUUAGAGUUGAUGAGAAGAGGGAGGAGAUUGAGCGGUUAAUCAAAGAAAAUGGCGCGAUCAAGGAGAUUUAUGAUGAGAUUGUGCCAAAGAAAGUUGAUGAGGAGACAUUCUGGUGUAGGUACUUUUAUAAGGUAGAUAAGGUGGUUAAAGCGGAGGAGGCUAGAGCAAGGAUUGUGAGAAGAGCAAUUUCUGCAGAGGAAGAGGAGGAGUUGAGUUGGGAUGUUGAUGAUGAUGAUAAUGAUAAUGAUGAAGAAAAUGAAUGGAAGUCAAAAAAUGACAUGAAGAAGGAUGUUGAGGAGAAAGGAAAGGGAGUGGAAAAUUCACAGAUUGAAAGUGGGGGGAAGGAAGGGGAAAGGGAUGAUGAGGAUGCUGGUGUGUCAGGGACAAAGAGUGUUGAUCUGAUAGAUGAGGAGAAUUUAGAGGAGAGAUUAACAUGCAAUGAGAAAGAGGGUUCAGAAGGAAAGUUAGGCAGUGAUAUUUCGGUUAUUUCAAGCCAACGGUCAUCACAUGCAGAGGAUGACCUUGGAUGGGAUGAGAUUGAAGAUAUCGGGAGUGGUGAUGAGAGCAAAUUAGGUGAGCAUAGGUCCCCUAGUCCCAGUAAUGGAGUUGAUUUGCGGAAGCGGUUGAGUGCUGCAGAGGAGGAUGAAGAGCUGACAUGGGAUAUUGAGGAUGAUGUUGAGCCUGUUAAGUCAUGA